CCAGUUUGCCAUCUGUACUCAGAGCUCUGUGCGUCUACAGGUUGAGCGUCUCCAGGACUGGUUUAAAACAAACGCAACAGGUUACAAGUGCGUUAAUGAAUCCGAGAGCGUUCUCGAGUGGGCGAAAUGUGGGAGCAAAAUAACUAAUUAAACCAGCGUUAACGUUUCAGUCAUCACCUAUUUGGAUUGGCUCAUUUGCAUUAGUGUGAAACUCUGCGCGAAAGUUCAUCAUGGUUUCGUUGCUGGAUUUAAGCGCUCUUGUUCUGUUGCUCGUUUGGGGAUAUUGCGUCCUGGCGGACACGGUCUUUACAAACUUUACUCUGGACAACGAGGUCCACUCUAGUUUCAUCCACCGGCGCUUGAAGAGCCAGGAGCGCCGGGAGAUGCAGCGGGAGAUCCUGUCAAUCCUCGGGUUACCGCACCGGCCGCGGCCGCACCUCCACGGCAAGCACAAUGCCGCGCCGAUGUUCAUGCUGGAUCUGUACAAUGCCAUGUCCACUGAGGGAGACGAGGAGGGCUUCUCGUACCCGUACAAGCCCGUUUUCACCACUCAGGGACCGCCAAUCGCGACCCUUCAGGACAACAACUUUCUGAACGACGCGGACAUGGUCAUGAGUUUUGUUAAUCUAGUUGAACAUGAUAAGGAGUUUUUGCCUGUGAGGCGCCAUCACAGAGAAUUCCGAUUUGACCUGUCCAAGAUUCCGGAGGGUGAAGCGGUGACUGCUGCAGAGUUCCGCAUCUACAAGGACUUUGUUCCAGAACGCUUUGAUAAUGAGACCUUCCGCAUCAGCGUCUACCAGGUGCUGGAAGAACAUUCAGACAGGGACUCAGAUCUAUUCCUGCUGGACUCGCGGGUGAUCUGGGCAGCAGAAGAGGGCUGGCUGGUGUUCGACAUCACAGCCACCAGUAACCACUGGGUGUUGAACCCAGGCAGGAAUCUGGGCCUGCAGCUCGCUUUGGAGAGUUUGGAUGGUCAGAGCGUGAACCCAUGGGUGGCGGGGCUGGUGGGCCGCAGCGGCCCCCAGAGCAAACAACCCUUCAUGGUGGCCUUCUUCAAAGCCACGGAGGUCCACAUCCGCAGCAUCCGCUCCGCACAGGGCGGCAACAAGCAGCGCAAUCCCAACCGCUCCAAAACCGCCAAGGGCCAGGAGGCACUGCGUGUUGCCAAUAUUGCAGAGAACAGCAGUGCGGAUCAGAAGCAGGCCUGUAAGAAACAUGAGUUGUACGUUAGUUUUCGAGACCUUGGAUGGCAGGAUUGGAUUAUAGCUCCUGAAGGAUACGCUGCAUAUUACUGUAUGGGAGAAUGUGCCUUUCCUCUCAAUUCUUACAUGAAUGCCACAAACCAUGCCAUUGUACAGACUUUGGUUCACUUUAUCAACCCUGAAACGGUUCCAAAACCAUGUUGCGCCCCUACACAACUCCAUGCUAUCUCCGUUCUGUAUUUCGACGACAGCUCCAAUGUCAUCCUGAAGAAAUACCGCAACAUGGUGGUCAGAGCGUGUGGCUGCCACUAGAGUCCUGUCAGACACACACACACACACACACACACACAUAGACACACACAGUCACACAUCUGACUGCUCCUCAUUUGCUUAUAAAAAGGAGCACCAACAAGUUCCCAGCAAAACCAUAUGAAGAUCUCAAGCCAAUUCCAGAAUUUCGUUUACCAAGGACAAUAUGCAAAACUGUCUUAUAUGUACAAAAAUUUAUGUUUAAUGUUUAAAUAUGGCAAAAAAGUGAAAGGAAAUUUCCACAAGUGACAUCUGUCUUACACAAACACCAACAUAUGUAUGCACACAUAUACAUGCUCACAUGUACACACUUCUUUAUGAUACUUGUGCUUUCUACUGUGUAAAUAGUUUUUCAAUGAAAGAAACAAAAGUGUAUUUAUUUUCCUGGUCUUCCAACAUGGAGUCUAAAACAUC